GUCCUUUGCUUCAACCAACAAUAACGUCGUUACCUAACGAGAUCUCUACACCGCAUGCUUGUCUAUGCCAUUCGCACCCGAAAGCUUACUGCUAAAGCGACACGGCGCGUUACAUAUACAAACGCGCUGUCGCGCUGUCACGCCUGCAUGCAUGCAUUGAGCGGGGCAAACACCGUUAAGCUCCACACCCCAAGCUUUGCAACAGCAAUCGCUCGCCCCAUCCCUGUCCAUCUUUGCCAUGUACGCACCAGGAGAGGAUCUAAAGAGACACUUGAUCGUGCCUCCUUCGUCUUCUCCGCUGUCAUCAAGUCUGACUGCCAGCAACUCAACAAGUUCAGUCUCCGCUCCCUUUAACAUUGAUACUGUACACGAUCAACAAGGCUCCUACGACAAGGCUAAGAAGCGCAAGAUGAAGGCCGAUACACCAACUCAAACGCCCGCGUUUGAGUCGGCACACGUAGAUGAAAUCAAGAGUAAUAGUACUCCGCUUGAUGGCGUUUUCAAGAUCGAAGACUUCAUUAAUCAGCACAAAGAUGCACACCAAGCUCAGGUGCUCGUCCGCGAAGCAAAAAAUGCGGCUUCUGCUGGUCCUCCAUCGAAGAAGACUAAGAACAAUGAGAACGUCGCUUCUCUAAAGCCCGUGGCAGUGGGUGCGCGUUCAUCCAAGCAUACCAUCCUUCUUCAUGAAAAGUAUCAGGCGCUCGGCACUCCGCAACCGCUGUUCACGUAUGGAGGGAGCGGUGAGACUGGAUGGACUGUCUCUGUUAGCUUUCCUGGUCUAGACAAUGCCGAUGAGCUACAAGGCCUGAGCGCAGAUAAGAAAUUCAACAGCAAACAGGAGGCUAAAGAAGCCAUGAGCCAGAAGGCAUUAACAGUACUUGAGGGGUUAGAGAAAGAGGGGAGGAUCCAGAAGGCGGAGAAGAGUAAGAAGAAGAGUGCUGGUAGUCAGCCUGUGCAGCAGGUCAAGGAGGAGAAGGAGCCUGGUGAGAACUAUGUUGGUCAGAUUCUCGAAUUUCAGCGCGCCACCGACUCACCCCAGCCAACCUAUACUGACUACCAAUCCGGCCAGCGCUUUGCCUGCAUCCUCACCAUUGAAGGCUUGGACAUGGAGUUCGGUUCCAUCAACAACCUCUUUUCUUCCAAGAAAGCUGCGCGUCGGGACGCCGCCCGUCGUGCCGUGGAGUACUUCAAGUCCAUUGGCACAUGGCCUGAGGACGUGACUCUCGUGGGCGGUAUCAAGAAGAAAAAAGCCCAACCGAGUAUUCCCGACAUGGUAUCAAUAUCAGAACCAGACCUUGUUCCUUCUCUAGCAUCUACAUCAACAGCCUCGCCUGGUACUAAGAGCUACGCUCAACAAGUUGCCAGUCUAGCAGUCAUACUCGCUCUCCCGACACCAGAAUGGCAAUACACUUCUCAUCCCGAAGAUCCCAACUUCCAUACUGUGACAUGCUUCUUCCGCGGCGCAGGCCCCCACGAAGGACCCAUCGGCGAAGUCCGCAACAUAUAUGGCAAGAAGAAAGCCAAGGAAGAGUGUGCUAGACUCACACUGGAGUACCUGAAGGACGUCAGGGAGAAGCGUGUUGCUUACGGUGCGGAGAUGAUGAAAGGUAUUGCUGGCGCUGAGGGUGUGCUUGCUGCUGCGGCUGGCAAGCCGGUUGAGGGAGAGGGGAAGAAUGCAAAAAAGGACGCGGUGGCUAGGAGGGGGUUCGAGAAUAAGAUGGAGGAGAGCAGUGAGGAAGAUGAGGUAUUUGCUGAUGCACUAGAGGCUUAGAGAGCCUCUAGAGCUGGGUAGGAUACGGGCACUGCAUAGCGGGAUUGCAUAGAGACUAGGUCUGGACAUACUGGUUAUUGGAUCUGCACAUUGACGUUCAGUAAAACUGGAAGCUUGGGUCUGGCAUGGAGAAGGUUCUUGGGACGAACCCACUUGUAUAGUAAAGAAUUCUUAAUCUGCAU